AUAGCCAUUAUCUAAACAUCCCAGACAUGCAAUUCAAAAUCAAUCAGGAUUUCGCUAAAAAUUAUAACCGAUAUCGUCAAAAGGAGGAAUACGAGAAACUAAAGGCUAAACACGGUGAUGCUAAACUGAAGGAUAUUAAACUAUCCAAGUUAUCUGAUACUAAUUUCAAAGUGGACGAAAAUGUAACCGUUGCUUCAGUUUCAGAUAAUGAUGAUGAAUCUACUUCAAGUUCCUCAGACACUGAUGAUAGUUGGGAAGAAAAACAACAAGAUGAUUUUUUGACUCUAUAUCAAGCAUUGUGUACAAAUGAUCCAUCUCUUAAUGAUCCUAAUAAACAAUGGUUUCGUGAACCUAGUGAAUCGGAUGAUGAAAGUUCAAAGUCCUCAGAUGAAAUUUCCGAGUCAGAAAUUAAUAAAAAUAACAAUAAACAAAUGCAAAUAGAUGCCAAGACAGAAAAGAAACGUGUUUUGAAACUUCGGGAUUAUGAACGCGAAUUUCUUUUGGCUCAAGAUGGAUUAGAGGAUGAAAGUGUUUCAAAGGAGGCGCAGAAGAUUGCUCAGAUGGAAAGUGAUGAUGUUUUGAGAAAAAUGAAAACACAGUCGAUAGAUUUGUCAAAGGAACAAUUUAUACAAGAGGCCAAUGAAGCGCUUAAUCAGGCGGCUGUAAUUUCAGGUGAAAUGAAGGACAAUAGGACCAGUGAGAGUAAUUAUGAUGACUUAAAUUUUUUACGGAAGCGCAAAAGUGAAAUAGAACCACCUACUCCAAAGAGAAAAAAGCGUAAAUCCCAUUAUGAUUUAGAUAAAAUAGUUUUUACUGAUUCAACUAACAAAGAAGCUGAAGAGUUUUUACGUGAUUAUAUUAUAAAUAAACGUUGGAUUGAACCUAAUUCACAACGAAGUAAUAAAAUUCCAACUUAUUCUGAUGUUCUACACGAAUCCGGCUUAGAUAUAAAUGGGGAUAAACGGAAAAAUCUUUUAAAUGAUGAUGAUAUUCUUGAUGAAGACGAUGAAUUCCUUGUUAAAUUAAAUAACUUAGAACAGGGACGUUUACACUCUUUAGGUGUUAAUACGGGUGUUACAAAACUACAUAAAACUGAGCAUCGUUUUGAAGAAGAAGAUAAAGAAUUUAUAAAAUCCUACCCUCGGAUUAUAGAAAAUAGUAUUGGUCAAACACUCUGUGUUAAAUCGAAACGAGCUGAACGAAGACAAGCUAAGAUUGAACGUAAGAGAAAAGAAAAACAAGCUAAACUUCAAGAAUUAACUCGCCUACGGAAUCUAAAAUUAAGUAUGCUAGCUGAAAAAAUUGAAAGAAUUAAACGUACUUGUGGUCCAGGAUCAUUAUUACUUGAUGCUAAUGAACUGAUUGAAUCACAGACUAAAGAAUAUGAUAGUAAUGAUAAUAAUAAAUUAAAAAAUUCGACCAAGGUAGAUGUCCUAGAUGUUGCUGAAUAUUUAGAUGAAGAUUGGGAUCCUGAAAAGCAUGAAAAGUUGUUGGACUCAAUGUUUGGAAAACAUUAUGAAGAAAUAGAUGAAGAGAUAAAAAAGCCAGAGUUUUCGGAUGAUAGUGAUCUAGAAGUGGAGCCUUCUGUAGAUGAUGGGCACGAUUCACACAUGAAACAACAUGAACCAGAAACAUCUAUUAAUAAUGAUUCUGGAGACAAUGUACCACUAAAACACUCGAGCAAUUUGAAUUCUAACUACAAACUAUCUAUUGCAAAUAAUAAUAAGUCAAUGCGUGGAAAACGGAGACUUUAUGAAGCAUUAGAGAGAAGUAAACCAAUUUUCAAUCCUGAUGAUUAUCCAGACUAUGAGGUAAGUGAUGUCACUAAGUACGCGUUAAACAGUAAGGAUAUUAAUACGUCUGAUUUAACUGUUCUAUUUAUAAAAACAGAUAAACUUCAAAAUGUUGUUGCUUUGGUUCGAAUUAUAGUGUGGCUGAAGUGCUAGUGUAUCACUACCAAUCAGUCAGUCAGCUACAACGUAGGAUCAGGCACAUAUCUGCAUCGGUCCAAGUUGCCAUACCUCAUUAGCACAACAAGAUGAACAACGAAUUCAUAGAGGUAGUUAAUUCAGUGGUGGUAAUAUAUAAAAGAAAGAUUGCAUAUAAGGAUAUAGUACAGGAAGAAAAGAUUAGUUGGUAGAAAGAAAGAUAUAAAGCAAUUUUAACCUCAUAGUGUAAAGGAAGACAGAGAGUGCAUACACCUACGCCAUUGUGACCGAUUCUGAGCCAUGUCACCCAGAGUCUCCAAUCAUUGGUUACGAUAGUCACGCGGACCCCAACCAAGUAGUCUGCAUCUAUCAACAUGGCUAAGACUAGAAGUUAGUGACUUCGAGCACUGAUGCCACGUUUUGGUUUGACCGUCCCUAACUUUCUUUCAACCAUCCCCAACACUAGUCAGCAUUACGCGUGGUGGUAAUCGGUGUUCAGGCAUACGUAACACGUGGCCCAACCAUCUCAGUCUAUGAAGAUUUACUAUGCUAGAAUUAAAAUUUAUGGUUAGCUUCCAGUUAUUUAUUAUUAGCCCAUCAACUAUAUAUGUUCUGUAAUAAUGUAAUUAUUAAAUAUUAGUAUUAACCUUAAUAUGUGUCAUGUUUUAAAAAGUGAAUCCGUGCAAUAUCACUUGUUUAGCAUACUGAGUUCAACUAUCUUAAAUACAGAUUAAAAUCGGAGUUUUGGGAUAGUAUUAAAUUGUGAAAAAUGCUCAUGAUUAUUGUUCACAUAAGAUAAUUUUGUGACAUCGCCACUGAUGAACUGUUCGGUUGUUUGUAUCAUUAUAAUGUGUUCCUAUACUUAGUCAAUAAGAAUAUUUUCUAUUACAACCAUGAUGAAUACAAUCUGUGAUUCAGAAUAAAUAUAAACGAAAAAAACUAUGAUUUUCUAUAAUAUUUGAUAAUAACUUCAUUAUUAUCUCUUCUAAAUGUUUUGCAAAUACAAAGGAUACAUUACACGGCGUUUUAUAUUUCUCACUAUUUUAUUCCAUCCUCAAGUCUCUAGUUUAGACUGUUCAUUUAAUUUCUUUCCAUGUUUAUGAGUAAUGUGCAUACUUUCCAUUGUUCUGUUAUAUUUCGUGUUGUGUUGCACAUGAGAAAGUAAUACUAAGUAUUAAAAGUACAUGUGAUAUGGAUAUGGAUAUUGUAUUACAACUUUCUAUUUCAUGUUUAUAUUUGCAACAAUUAAUGUAUGCAUUUUUUCAGACCAAGAUAAUUUAUGUUUGGUGUUUAUAUACAAUAGAUAUGUGAUUAUUAAAGUUAACAGUAACCUAGAUUCCGACCAAAAUUAACCUAUAGACCGUCAGAUUUCUAACUUAAAAUGAAACAAUACUUUUCCAACGAGUGUAAUCUUUUGCGACACUAUGAGUAUAUGCUACCUUUGAACAUAGGCUGCAACACUUGAUAAUUAACAUUCAGGUGAUGUCGUCUGAGUGCUUUACAGUUUGAACUAGAAUUCAACCAUUAAUGACUGAGUUUCAAUCGCAGUAUUCGUCUAUAUAUAUGACUCAAGGGGUGUUUGUUUGGUUAUUAAUUGGAACUUCUCGGACGUGUUUCGAUUUUUCAUAUGUCCUCUGGUUACACUAAAUCAACAGAGCCAUCAAAGCCGAUUCUGUCUGAGAUAAUUUUGUUUGCUCAGUUGCCCUCUCCAUUAGUUUAUUGUAAAUCGAUGUGAUUCUCACUGUUUAAGACGAUGGUAUUGAAACAAUUAAAAGAGUUUUAAAUUAUAAAAACCUGGUACCUUCUAUCCUGAUCUUACCUUGACUUGAGUAACUUUGGGUCGCGCCAUCUGUGCUAUCGUGGUUAUUAACUUUUCAUGUUGUUAUUCGUAGUUACACUAUUGUCUCAAAUCAUAAAAUUCAUUCAGCGGUCAACGCACAUAAUCAUAAUGGCGGCCUUAUCAUCGUCUGUGUUAACUAAUAAUCAGUAUCUCAAUAAUCGAUCGUGUCCUGUGUUCCACUGAUAGAAGGAUCCUGUUUAUGCUGUAUAAUCUAGUCAGUAGUCAGUAAGCUACUUGAUCAAUGUUUUCGGUCUGCGUUUUGCUCACUUUGAAGCGUUUACUUGAUUGUCAUAUUGAUCGUCAUCAUCACUGUUGGCUUAUAAAUAUUUGUGAUUAUUUAGUGAUAGAGUAGUGAAUGUCAUAUUAAUUGAAAUCUGUUGGUUAUCUUCUACAAUUUAAGGAGUUGUCUGUGGUUCUGUCGUCAAAUCAGUUUCGAUAAUUAGAUUUCAGGUUCAAAUAUCACUUUAUCUGUCUUAUUUAACACAAUCUCUUUUGCUUAUACAAUGGAUACCUGAGUUAGAGACUUGUAGUUAGUUCUCACUUGACGAUGGAUUGUUGUAAUUCUAAAAGUAACAAGCUAAGCCAACAAGAAUCAAAUACACUGAAUAACCAUGUUCAAUUUAUCAUUAGCGUGAUACUGUGAUCAAUUUUGUCAUAUGGUCAUUGUUGUAAUUGUUGUUUCCCUUAAUAACAAAUAUGUGUAAAUCUCGCAAUCUAUAGAAAUAUUUUGAAGAAUUUUAUCAGUUACAUUGUGAAGAUAUUAUACCCGGUCCUACUUCCAAUGAAGACGUUUACUGUCGUUUCAAAUAUCGUAAUGUUAUGCCAAAUGAUUUUGGCUUAAGUACAGAAGAAAUACUAAAAGCUGAUCCUAAAGAAUUGAAUGCAUGGGUAUCAUUAAAACGUAUCACAGCUUAUUUGUCACAUGAAGAAGAAAUGAAAGACCAAGAACUAUAUAGUUCUAAUUAUCAAAUGAAACGUAAAAUGAGUGUUUUAGGUUCAUUAAAUAAUCCAAACGCUACUUGGUAUCCUAAUGAAAAUCAAGAUAUUGAAAGUAGUGGGUCAUCGAAAAAAAAGCGCAGACGUCAUAAAAAGAAAAAACGAUUCUGUUCAGAGGCUCAAGCAGUCAAACUCAGUGAUAAUGACAACAAUAAUAGCAACAAUGUUAAUCCAAUAGAACAAAAUGAAAACGAUACCGAAAAUUCAGAAAAACGGGUGAAAUUAGGAAAAACGAAAAAGAAGUAUGUUAAAGACGCAAACAAAUUAGACACAAAGAAUAUCUUUAAGUCUCGUCUUCAGGCGGCUGGUAUAACCUUGAAAGAAUAUCAUCGUACAAUGCGGCGAGAAAACAAUUGUAAAUCUGAAUGCGUCAAUAAAUAGAAUAUCUCUUGGUUUGAAAAUGGUUAUCUUCAACUUAACCAAUUUUGUAUUCCAUGGCCUUAAAUGGGAAUCUAUGUAUGCGUCGUACUUCGUUGUUGCGAAGUUGAAACAUUCUAUAACUAAUAUACUUCGCAAUAAUACAGUCAAAAAAGUAGAACUGUAGGUUAAUAUAAACGAGAACAGAGAGUUUAUGAAUAUAAUAUCGUCACGACGAUAUCAGCUUUUAGAUCACAUCUGAGAAUGUUACUUUAAUACAGAAGGUGGAUACUAGCAAUAACUUGUUGACAUGGAAUGUUGGUACAAGAAUAACGAAAAUUUUUUAUUCAUCCACUGAGAAGACGAUUUUCAUACUCAGAAUGAAUGUGACUCAGCAUCCAGUGAUGGCAGUUCGUGAACCUGGUAGUGUCAAGGAAAAUUCGUCAUUCUCACGGGAUAUAUGCUUGUUUACAGUUCUGGACAAUAAUUCUCGUCUAGGUAUUAUAGUCAGGCAGAUAAGUGGUUGCAAGCGUUUUCAGCAGUUAAAUUGAGGAUUUGUCCUGAAGUCGACCAACCAUAUAAGGCGUUUUUAUACAAGUACUUUGUGCCUUGUUGGGAUCUGUAUUUAGGGACGGUUCAUGUAAUUAAAAGAUAACCAAAUUACUCCAGAUCAGAGCACACCUGAAAGACUUUUUCGCAAGUGACCACAAAUAAUAUGGGUUCUUAACCUUCCAGAAAUAUGGGUCUAAGUAUUGUUUCUUUAUCGACAACAUUUCCAAAAUCACUGAGAAUCAUACUAUAGGUCGGUUUAUAGCUUAGAUAACAGAUCCUCACAUACUUGCUGAAGCAUCUCGACUUCGAAAAAUUUUAUUUAUCCCAUUAAGUUGGGGUAUUUAGGUUUAAGUGUUACAAACCCGAUUGACAGCCAUUAGGCCGGUCAUAAUAUUAAGGCCAGUAGUGUGGCUAUUAUGCUUUAAAAUUUCCAGGGCAAUCUAGUUUCUGGGGACAGUAGUGAAGCCUACAGCGACGCCAGACAUAACCUCCACAUAGUUGGGAGGCUCAAUGGUCCAUCGAUUCAGCGCUUCAAUCGAAGUUGUUACAUAUAAUCCGUGUAGAAUGAUUGAGAGCCUACUCAAAUUAUUCAGGAAGUGUGAGCAACCAGCUGACACUGAAGUCACACCUCGUGGUUAGUGCCUAACGUAGAACACCCUUUCAUCGUAUUCAGGUACAAUAGCUACUUUUAUGACCGUGCAACAUAAACAACGUUAUUCAAGAAAUGUAAUAGUAAGAGUGGGUGGGAGGAAUAGUGUGGCCGUCGCUGCAUGGCCCAGUCAAUAAGGUGCGAACAACUAAUGCCCGUUGGUUGUCCUUGACCCCGGCGUGAAUCGGUGAAGUGUCUGACAUUCACUGACCUGGAUCAUGGAUGAAUUGGCUAGGGCUCAGUGAUAUCUUUUGGCUCCACAACUCUAUGCGAACUCUUUUUAUUUAUUAUUGACCACGCCUUUGAAAAUAGCGUGUAAGUGCUAUGUCAGACAUAAAUUAAUUAUAACCUCACUAAUAUGGGCUUGAGAUUUGCUGUACUCUUCCUGAAACUGAAUACCAUGGUUUGCUUGAUAACAGAAGAGACGAUCGUAAAUUAAUACCUAAAGUAAUCGCCCUGAGUAUCUAAAUAGCUGAAGUAAAAAUUAAAGGUUAUUUUCAAUGAAUCUGAUGAAGAUGUUUCUACUGUCCAUCAUGGUGAGUAGUUCUAUAUUUCAGUGAAUCUUGCCACGAAAUUCUGCACUUAUGUCGAGCUAGCUCGUCCUUAUUCUAGCUUAAGUGGGUAUACGUUUAAGUGUAACUUAGUACUAAAACGUGAUGGUGGUCCGUUGGCAUAAGAACGGUUGUAAGCUACAUGAUAUAUCAGGUUUCUUUUCCAAGUUGUCCUACCAUGCUGCACAGUUUGCGAGUUAAGAGCCCCCAGGAUAGCUUAACGCUUUUUGUAUCUCACGUACUUUCUUGAUUUCCUUAAUUUCAAUGAGAUCCAGAAGAAUGAUACUUUUCAUUAGAUUGUAGCGUGGCGUCGAGUUGUGAUUAACUAUGAACACCGCUACCAAGAAACACGUGCCAAAUAGAUCAGAAGGCGUAAGAAGCUCGUUCCAAAUGACUCCAUAAAAUCCCCGAUAAGCCGAAUACCAGAAGGCAAUUAAUGGACCAAGUCGAUGUCUAUUUGCUGGCGAUCUCGUGGCAUCGAAAGGAUACCGAGAUCGUGCCAGGAUACAAGCUUGGUUACAGAACGUAACCGAAUUCGCGCGAAG